GCUGACUGCGAAGGACGCAGCUGCAGCUGAGUCGAGAAGCAGAAGUCCUCCUCCGCUCAGCUGCUGGUGAUGAUGGCGACCAGUGAGAAUGAAGAAAAGCGAAGCCUGGAGCUCAGCGGUGAUGUGGGCUUCAACAGUCUCCCCUGUCAGCUGGUCAACAAACUAGUCGCACGAGGAUUCUGCUUCAACGUCCUCUGCGUCGGUCAGACAGGAAUAGGCAAGUCGACGCUGAUGAACACUCUUUUCGGCAGAACGUUCGAAAUGGAGGAAGCCAGCCACUACGAGGAGGAAGUGAAGCUCCACUCGCAGACGCACGAGCUGCAGGAAAACACAGUUAAACUCAAGCUGACUGUGGUGCACACCCUGGGGUUUGGAGACCAGGUCAACAACGAGCACAGCUACAAGCCCAUUCUCGACCAUCUCGACGCCCAGUUUGAGAAAUACCUCGAGGAGGAGCUGAAAAUCCACCGCUCCCUCUGCAGCUACGAGGACACCAGAAUCCACGCCUGCCUGUAUUUCAUCGCUCCCACCGGCCACUCCCUGAGGGCUCUGGACCUCAUCACCAUGAAGAAACUGGAGAGCAAGGUGAACGUCAUCCCCGUCGUCGCGAAGGCCGACGUCGUGUCCAAGAACGACCUGAAGAUUUUAAAGAAGAACAUUAUGAACGAGCUGCUCAGUUACGGAGUGCAGAUUUACCAGUUCCCUACGGAGGAUGAGGACGUCGCAGAGCUCAACUCCUCCAUGAAUACUUGUCUCCCAUUUGCUGUGGUUGGAAGCACAGAGGAUGUAAAAGUGGGGAACAGGAUGGUGAAAGGACGCCUGUACCCCUGGGGAACAGUACAGGUGGAAAACGAGGACCACUGUGAUCUGGUGAAGCUGAGAGAGAUGCUGCUGCGUGUGAACACGGAGGAUCUCCGGGAGCAAACACACUGUCGUCACUACGAGCUGUACCGUCGCCGCAAGCUGGAAGAGAUGGGCUUCAAGGACACGGACCCUGACAGCCAGUCGUUCAGCCUCCAGGAGACGUAUGAAGCCAAGAGGAAGGAGUUCUUCAGAGAGCUGCAGCACAAAGAGGAAUCCAUGAGGCAGAUGUUUGUGAACAAAGUUAAAGAAACGGAGGCCGAGCUGAAAGAAAAGGAGAAGGAGCUGCAUGACAGGUUCGAGCAGCUCAAACGUGUUCACCACGAGGAGAAGAAACAUCUGGAGGAGAAGAGACGAAAACUGGAGGAGGAGAUGAACGCCUUCAACAGGAGGAAGGUGGCUGCAGAGACUCUGCUGGGACACGCGCUGCAAGGCUGUUCACAGCAGCCGCUCAAGAAGGACAAAGACAAGAAGAACUUCUUCAGUCUUCCGUCUGCGUGCUCCUUAACCUCAGGAAGGAACAUGAAUUAGACGACUUUCUACUGCAUGAAACCCUCCGACUAACAAUCAGGUGUUGCAUUUUUACUCUGGUGAAUCAAAGGUUUAAUAAGGGGGAGCGCUCUUGUUCACGGUGAGUCAGCCUGAAGUCUUCCAUGUCAGCUAAACUUUGCUCUUUAAUCUUUUAAACAGCGUUCUGUAGCGUGGUCUUUGCAUGGCUCAAACUCACUCCUGCAGCAAACUCUCCAUUGCCAAAAUACGUUUGUACUAAAUGUGCAUAUUUACCAUGUCAUGCUUAUAAACUGACUGAUUUAAAAACACUGUGAAAUAUACUGUAUUACUUCUCGAGCUGUUGCUGUCACAGGAUGUACUUUUUGUUGUUACAUUAUGAUUUAAAAGCACUUUAAAUAAAAUUAUAGUACAAAUACUAUCUUAAAUUAUAGUAAGAACAAUAAAUUGUCAUGUCAUUCUAAUAUUUGUAGUCUUACGUUACUUUUUAAAUAUAUAGCUGUAAUUAUUGAAAAGUUUAAAUUACAAAAACUAUAUAUUCUGUGGGAAAACAAAUGCCUGGAUGAAUUUAAAUUCGGGAUUAAAACUCUUGGUGUCAGUAAUUCUCUGUUGUGGGUCAGUGUAGGCCUGCUUUCAGAUUAUAAACUCUGACAUAAUAAAGAGUCACUUUGUUGAGAACU